UGCAGCAUGUCCACGCCAAAGAGCAGUCGGGGCAACGGCAGCGGCAGCCUCUUUGGUGGCAUUGCCGGCAUUACCGGCAGCACCAUCACAGUAGCUAGUCACGGCCACGGCGAUAAGACCAAGGAGCGUCUGCGCCGCAUACCCAGCGUGCAGCCCGGCGCCUUGAGCUACGAACAGCUGAUUAAGGAGGGCACCUUUGGGCGCAUCUAUGCUGGCAAGCUGGGCGAAACGUGCGAUGCCCUGGUAAAGACUGUCAUCGACGGCGCCUCACUGACGCAGGUGGCCUGCCUGCUGCAGGAUGCCUCGCUGCUAAUUGGCGUCAGUCAUCAGCAUAUACUAGCGCCCCUGCUGGCCAACACCGAGCUGCCCGGCCCACCCGAGAUCGCCUACCCCUAUCCGUCCAAGGGCAACCUGAAGAUCUACUUGCAAAAGUCGAGGGAGUCUAGCACAGCGCUCAGCACUCGCCAGCUGGUCGAGUUUGGCUUGCACAUUACCAAGGCCUUGGCCUACUUGCAUUCACUGGGAAUCGUGCACAAGGAUCUGGCCACACGCAAUUGCUACGUCGAUGAGGAGUCAUACGUUAAGAUCUGCGAUAGCGCACUCUCGCGCGAUCUCUUCCCGGAUGACUACGACUGCCUCGGCGACAAUGAGAAUCGUCCGCUCAAGUGGCUGUCGCUGGAGUCGCUGCAGAAGAAGAUCUAUACCACACAGGGCGACGUCUGGUCUCUGGGCGUUCUGUACUGGGAGCUGGUCACACUGGCCCAGAUGCCGCACGAGGAGGUGGACAUAUUUGAGCUUACUAAUUAUUUGGCUGCCGGCUAUCGUCUGGAGCAGCCCGUCAAUUGCCCGGAUGAAUUCUUUACGGUAAUGAACUGCUGCUGGCACUGUGAGCCCAAACAGCGUCCAACGCCCUCGCAGCUGUUGUCCUAUCUGCAGGACUUUCACGUCGAUCUGGGCAUGUAUAUCUAAGCAGCACGAUGAUGAUGGGAAUGACGAUGAUGAUGAACUGACUAACUGAUAAGCACUGCAGGCUAAGUAUUCAAUUGAAUGAGGGAGAUGGAGAAUGAAAGAGAAAGAUAUAGAGAGAGAGAGACGAUUUACGUGAGAUAAAUUAAUUGAAAACUUUUACAUUUUAAAUGUGAGAAUUGAAUGUGAAUUACCUGUUACCAAAUUCUCUAUGAAUGUAUAUGUAUAUGAAUGUAUGUAUGUAUGUGAAUAUAGUAUAUAGCAAUUUAUUAUAUAAGUAAAUGUUAAGGCGUUUAAGUGGCACAACAAACCAAUUAAGUCAAUAACAAUUGCAGCCAACUCCACUUGAAGGCACAAAAGACAAAAUUGCAUUCGAGAUGUGUUCCCAGAAACGUUUUCUCCCUUAAGAGAAAGGCAAUCGCAUUUCAAAAUAGGAUUUCCUGAUAAUUGAAGCGAAUACAUUUGCUGGAAUGCAAGUGUUCAAGUACAGUUGAGCAUAAAGUAGCUAGAAAUUGAAUACAGACAAGUACACAGGCUUACAAGAAAUAUAUACGUAUUUGUAUAUAUAGAUAUACGUUUAUCGAUAUUCACCUCGAGCACGAAUAAAAGAGAUACUUGAAUGCGAAUGAGAAUGCAUAUUUUAUUGAAUGUGUAUUUGACAAGAGAAGAAAGCUAAAUUAAGCAGGAACAUGGGAGAGAGAGAGAGAGAGAGAGAAAGAGCAGUGAAUAGAUUUGAAUGUGCGACAACAAAAUACGGAACCUUUUGUUCUCAAAUGUUGUCCUCAAUUGUUAUAAAAAAAAAAAAAACGAAAUAU